GACAAGAUAAGCGAUCAUAGCCAGAUAUAUAUAAAACGGUUGUGUGUCUCGCACGUCUUGGGAAAUAUUCAUAAUCAUUUCUCUCAUUAUCAUAAGUCAACGAAAUUUGCACUACAUAAAUGCCCCUCCAACCACAAAAGAAGAAAAGAAAGAUAUAACACACAAAGCAAUAAAAAUGGCGAACACCACAAGUUUAUGUGCCCUUGUUCUCACGCUCUUGUUGGUCUCCGCAGGAUUAGUGGAGAGAGGAGAAGCGCAAGGGUGUACAGAGUGGGAAUGCAAGCGUCUACCGAACUUCAAGUGCUGGAUGGGAGGAGUUGGUAAAAAGCUUUGCAACGACUUCUGCAAGAACGAAGGAGCCGCUCUCGGCGUUUGCGUCUCAGACGCCGCCACUGCUUCCCACCGUUGCCUUUGCCGCAGCGCCGGAUGCUCCUAAUUUAAGCCAUAUAUGUCCCUUGAAUGAUCACCUCCUUCUUGAUCAUUCCAUAUGUGUAAUAAUUAUUUAUGUACAUGUCCAAGCAGACGAGAGCUGUUUUACAAUCCUAAGAAGAAGAAAACAAAACCAAAAAUAUGUUUAUGUUCUUGCUUACGUUCGUACGUUUGUGAUUAAUUGCUUUUGACCUGUGAUUAUUGAUUGAAAAGAAAGAAACGAAAAAA